AUGACUCUCGAUUCUGCUGAUCAACUUGCGUUGUUACCAUACGGUGAUCGCCUCUUCGGUGGAGCAGGGCUUGCUCGAUCCAGAUCUUACCCCUCUGAUUCAGAGCCAGAUCUUUACGUCCCCUUCGAGUCUUAUGACUACCGGCGUCCGCUAUCGAGCGUUGCUGUGCGACUUCAGGAUCCCUUCCUGAGGUGCGAGAGAGAUCUUGGAUGGAACAUCGACUGGGCAGUUGCUUUCGUCGUUGACCGACUGGAACAGAGCUGGGCUGAUACAGCUGAUCAAUUCAAGAGCAUCAGGAUACGGGCUGCAAGUCUCGAGAGAGACGGACUAAUCCAGGAGAUCCCAUAUCGUAUCUUCAACAAGCUGGACGAAGUAUUCUUUGCCGGCCAUUUGAAGAACGCUGUCUUUCUCGAUAUCGGAAGCCUGGGCUCUGAUGUCUCGGGAGCUACCUACGCCCACAGACUGGGACCGAAUCCUGAUGUCAAGCGCAUCUCAAUCGUCCUAAACGUUGACGCGCUCGAGUACGCCGACGCGAAAGACACUAUUGCGAUUCUGAUUCACCACAUGAUACACGCAUACUUCCUCGUUGCUUGUGGUGGACAGAAAGAAGAUGAGGUGGACUACGGACGGUUGAAUCACGACGUGCAUUUCGGAAAGAUUAUGCUCACUGUCAAGAAGCUCUCAGCUGUACACGGUAGAGAGUUGUCGCCACUGAACUAUGGGCACAGCUUGUUCAACGUCCGCUACGUCGAGGAUGAGUAUCACAGUCCACGAAGAAAAGAAGCAAUUGAGCGUGAAGAUCGAGAGCAGUGGAAUUGCAGUCACUGCCAUAGCGAUAUGCAGGGGCCGUCCGAAAGCGAAGUGCAUAAGUGGUACGGGAAGGUUUGCAAGCCUUUGUUCAACCAACCUAAGUGUGCGCGAGAGCUAGGAGUUCAGACAUAUAACGAUCGGUGCCACGAGCUCGAGACCAGACGCCGCGCACGUCUCAGACCGACUGCUAAGUCGGUCGAGUUCGUGUUCAAAGACAGGCCUGUCCUCGUCGAUGCAGACAAGUUGGAAGGCUUUCUAAGUGUUGCACGAGCUUUUGACAGAGUAGGUAGCCGCUUUCUCACGAUACACAAGGAGGUAUCGGAGGACACUUUCGUCCGCUUAUUGGAGUUUCUUCAUACCGGCUCCUACCGUCCUGACCCACGCCCAUUCACCGCUGCUGCUGCCGGGUUAGGUAUCGCGCGUCGAGGGUCACCGAUCAUCAAACCUCAAUCAGCCACUACUGACGCUUGUGUCCUUGUCGAUGUGCAAUUUGCCAAGCUUGGCACAUUGAUGGGCUUCGACGACUGCAAGAGCUAUGCGUUGGAUAGGAUGAACGCCUAUGGCAUACUCAACGAAGAUCCUGUCGCCAUCCUUAAAGAGAUCUACCAGGGGUAUGAGCCUGAUUCGGACCUCAAGGAUUGGGCACGCAAGUUCCUCGUCAGAGCACCAAGUACUUCAAAUCCAGAGUGCUGCACUACAGCGAUUAGUGUCACCACCGUAGAGCCACCGAAUCUUAUCAAGCUCGAGAGUGAACAGAGCUCGCACCGCGCACGCUUUCUCGGCGCCGUUGACGCAAGUGGAGCAUUAGAGAACGAUGUCAACAAAGCUCGUGCUGAGCUCAAAGCUGCUGGUUGUGACAUCGAGCGUGAUCAACUUAGGAAGUUGCGUCGAGAGAAGGAGCGCGAGCUGGAGAGGGAGAAAGAGAAGCUGGGGAGGUUGGAAAUGGAAAAAGAGAAGGUUAAAGAGACGCAUGCGCAGUUGCAGGCUAGCGCUGCGAUUGAAGCGCUUUUUGGGCGACGUGGGCAUGGGUUUGUAGAGGACUAUAGGUAUGAGUAG